CUCUUUAACCAAAUUUUCCACGCAGCAAACUUUUAAUAUCACUGCUCUACUUGCCAAACUUGUUUUUAUAUUUAUAUUUUGAAUUUCCACAUUUACUUAUCGCAUAAGUUGUACUUACAUACAAUCCUCUAUAAGAAUGAAUGCAAUGCAACAAAUUAUUAAUAAAUAUCAAAACAAAUGCAGGAAAACCCAUAUUUGUUAAGUCAAUGUGAAAAAUAAGUGUUUCGUCAAAUAUUUAUCAUGCAAACUAUUAUUGUUUUCGGAUUGUGUAAUAUCCUACUAUCUACUGCCUUGGGACAGGCAACAGACGCAGAAAACGACACGUUAAUCGACUAUUAUGAAAAUUUAAUUGAUGAUACAAUUAGCAAAUUUGAUACUUAUACAGCUCCUGUUGACGCUAACGAACACAAAGGGAAUUUUUAUGAUCAAAGAGCACGUCACAAAGAUUUCGGAGAAUAUGAUUUUGUGGUCAUUGGUGGUGGAUCAAGUGGAUCAGUGGUUGCCGCACGAUUAAGUGAAGUACCGCAAUGGAAAAUAUUACUCCUAGAAGCAGGAGAACGCGAAAACAACUUUACAAAUAUUCCAGGACUGUAUUUCUACUCGAGAUUUACGAAUUACAAUUGGGGAUACUUCAGUGUACCACAACGACAUGCAUGUCAAGGUAUGAUAGACAAGCGAUGUCCAUUUCCAAGAGGUCGAGGACUAGGUGGUACUAGUCUUAUAAACGGUGUCAUUUAUUCGCGAGGACAUCGUAAAGAUUUCGACACGUGGAAUUCAUACUUAGCAAACGGUACCUGGUCCUAUGACCAUGUUCUGCCAUACUUUAAAAAGUCAGAACAUACCCACAUCCCAAACGUGGAUCUUCAUUACCAUGGUCAAAGUGGGCCAUUACCAAUAAACAAUCAUGUUCCGGUUAGUCCUCAAACUAAUGCUUUCCUGGAAGCACACCAGGAACUAGGGAUGGAGAUAACUGAUAUAAAUGGUGCGGAGCAAAUUGGAGCGGCGUUAAAUCAACUGAUUACUGAAAAUGGGCAACGUGUUUCGACAGCACGAGGAUAUUUGGGUACCACUCGAAGUAAUUUAGAUAUUUUAACAGGGGCAUAUGUUACUAAAGUAUUAACACGGAAUAGAAGGGCUACAGGUGUUGAAUUUACAUAUCAAGGGAAGAAAAGUAAGGUUAGAAUUACAAAAGAGGUUAUAUUGAGUGGAGGUGUAUUUGGAUCACCUUUAAUAUUGAUGCAUUCGGGUAUAGGACCACUUUGGACUUUAUUACAACAUGGUAUUCCUAUUGUAAGAAAUUCUCCUUACGUAGGUUUAAAUUUACAAGAUCACGCGACUUUUUACGGUAUGAUAUUUCAAAGUAAUUAUACGGAACCAAUCAAAUCACGUAGACAGUAUAUUAGAGAAUAUUUACAAGGAAUAGGACCUUAUACAAUUGCAGCUAACCUGGAAGGUAUAAGUUUCCAUGAAACCCACUUAAGUCAAACUUCUGGUGUACCAGACAUUGAAUUACUAUUUGUACCAUCAAAUAGUACUGGACGUGCUAACCAACAAAGUUUUCAUCUCACCAACAUUAGUUAUGAUGCAAUUUGGAAACAUACAGACCCCACAACUACUUUUAUUGUUUAUGUUGUUCUUUUACGACCAAGAUCUUUCGGUUAUAUAAGUUUGAAAUCAAAAGAUCCGUUUGAUUAUCCAUUGAUUCAUCCAAAUUUUCUUUCGGAUAGGAAUAACUUAGACAUUGCAACAAUUUUUUUAGGGGUUCAACAUGUGUUGAAAUUAAUCGACACUGAAGCUUUUAAAAGAAUCAAUGCAUCUUUGAUUGAAUACACUUUUCCUGCUUGUAAAAACACCUUAUAUCUUUCAAAAGAGUAUUGGUAUUGCACUAUCAGACAAAUUACUAUGAAUGUUUAUCAUCCUCUUGGGACUUGUGCAAUGAAAGAUGAAGAGUUGGGAGGAGUAGUUGAUGGCGAGUUAAAAGUUUAUGGUGUUGGAAAACUACGAGUGAUUGAUGCAAGCGUUAUACCAUUUUCAAUAUCAGGACAUCCACAUGCUUCAGCUGUUAUGAUAGGAGAAAAAGGGGCUGAUUUGAUUAAAGAAGAAUAUGGAAUGCUUAAAUUGAGUUAUAUUAGAUAAAAAGUUUUAGAGUUGAAUAUGUUGAAUGUUUUGUAAUGUUUUAGGCAACCAACAAUACAUUCUAUAUGAUUUUAUGUUACUGUGUUGGUGGAAUAUUUUAAAAUUCUCUGUUAUUCUAUGUAUGUAUAUGGUACAAAUGAGUAUUUUAAACACAUAAAUUAAAAACUUACACAAUGCACCUUGGCAUUUAACAAA